ACACCCAAAGCCGCGCGCGCACGAUAAAACCCGGAGACGAGACCGCAGCAGCAGGCCUGCCCCAUCGCCACCACCAACAACAAACACCACAGACAUCGAUGCCCACUUCUUCCUCGCCACCCGCGCCGGCAACCCCCGCCGCCGCCCCUUCUCGACGCAGGCGCCGCCGCCACCGCCUCCUUCCCUCCAGCUCCUUCUCCACCGCCGCGCCGUCCCCAAUAAUCUCCUCCUUCUUCCCCCCUUCCCCGUCCCCCUUCCACCGCUUCCUCCCCUCCCCUCUCCGCGCCUCCUCCGUGCCCUUCUCCUGGGAGCACCGCCCGGGCAUCCCCAAGACCCCCGCGCGCUCCGCAGCCCGCUCCUCCUCCAAGGGCGGCGGCGGCGGCGGCGGGAAGAAGCCCCUCCCGCUUCCGCCCUCGCUCCUCUGCAGGUCCGGCGCCGACCCCUACGACCCCUCCUCCGUCGUCCCCGCCGACUACGACUGCUCCUUCCCGCCGGAGAAAAACCGGGGGCGGAUACGGAUCCGCCGCCGGAGGACGCGGGUAGCCGACGCGCUCGCCGACUGGCUCUCCAUGCUCGGCCUCUACCGCUCCUGCAAGCGCGCCGCCUCCUGCUUCGCCGACAAGGUCAAGUCGCCGUGAGAUCGAUCGAUUCGAGAUAAGUGCUACUGCUGCUCGUGCUGCGCCUUUGCGGGCGCGCCCCGCGCCGCCAUUGACGACAUGCAUCUCAGUCUAGCUAUAGCUGCGUCCGUCUCCGUCAAUCCGGCCGCGUGUUCGUAGCAAUUAAUGUUACCUCCGGGUUAUUUGGUGUAAAUUAGCCAUGUUGGGUUUCAUGGAAAGAGAGAGAGAGCAUAUGAUUUGUUGGUUCCAUAUACUGCAUGUGCUGAAUUAUUAAGCGUGCCUCAAUAAUUCGCUUGUCGUGGUGUGCUUUUACUACUACACUAAUUGCUGGGUUUAUAUAGGGGAUUACCAAACUUUUAAGCUUAAUUUGUGCUAGUUGGUGUUGCUCUGGACGCUGCU